AUGAUGAUGCGUAGGCGUUUCUUCGGGCACGAUGAAGAAGCGUUUCGUUUGGCGGUGGAUUGGCAUCACUCACGCCUCCUCGCAACAGCGGCAGCAGCAGCAGCAGCAGCAGCAGCAGCAGCAGCAGCAGGGGAUAAUCAAGGGGCAACAGGAGCAGCAGCACAAGGAGAAGAAGCGGUAGGACGCAGCGGAGGAUCGGGAACGUUUGUCGCGUUCACGAGCCACGCCCGCGCCGCCAGGGGCCGCGAGGCGCUAUCGGCGGUCCUGUCCCCGACGUCGGUGCUCACGGCGGCCCACAACCGGGAGCAGGGCGGGUGCUUCAUAGUGCGGGCGAGCACGGCCGAUGUGGAGUCGCUGCUGUUGCUGCCCGAGGAGGAGGAGGAAGAGCCAGGAGGCACCGAUGGUAGCAGUGGUGGUAGCCGCCUCUUCGACGGGUUCGUGGCCGUCCCCCCCAGCCUUAAGCUGGCACCGUCCCUGUUGGACUACGGCAGCGAUUUUAGUUCUUACGAUUCGGGUGUCGGUGUUCUCGGUGGUGGUCGUGAUGGUGGUCGUGGUCUGGCGGGCGGCGACAGCUCGAACGCGGGGCCCCCUGGACUAGCACCUGAUGCUGCGACCGAAGCGGUGGCGUCCGAGGAGCGGCGCGGGGCGGGAACGUUGCCGGGGAAGGCGUUGCGGCGCAACACCGGGGGGGAGGGCUUGGUGGUGCAGCUGCUGCUGUCCCCAGAAGCCACCGGCAGCAGAGAGAGCGCGCUGGCUGCCCUCGCGGAGAGCUGGAAGCGAAGCUGGUCGUCGGACUCGUUAGACCUGAGCAGGUUGUCCUUCUGGUCCGAUGCUGACGGUCACCGCCCGCGUGAGGCCGACGACGAGCAGGCUCCUUCUCCUCCUCGUACUGCUGCGGAUUUCCUGGCGAGGGAGUGGGGCAGCGCAGCUCGGACGGUGCACGCCCUGGCCGAGCGGCUCGGCGGGGUCUCCCCCGCGGAGGCGUGUGGGUGGAACGGCGUCAGGGUGACGGCGGAAGGAGGAGGUCGGUCGUCAUCGGCCGGCUGGGUCACCUUGCGCGACAUCGGCCACCUCCUUCCCGUCGCCGGAAGAGACGAUCACGCUCCCCCCCCCCGGCAAGUUCGUUCUUCGGACACCAGCGUCGUCGUCGUCGGCGGCGGCGGCGUGAACGGUAACCGUUCGGCAGGGAGUUCCGGCGGCCACCCUGCGUCGGGAGACCGUGGGAUGGAUGACGGCAGUGGUAGCGCUAGCGCCAGCGAGCGAGAGAAGACGGCGUGUCUGAUGGGGCUCGUUUCCUUCCUGGCGGCGAGGCCCGAGGUGGUCAGGGUGUCGGCGCUGCCCAGGGCGGAGCUGUUCAACGCGGUGGCCGGUCGCAUCGUGCAGGGGGGCUCGGCGACGACCCAGCCGAUCUGGGACCGCGGGGUGGACGGGUCGGGAGAGGUGGUCCAGGUGGUCGACUCGGGUAUCGACGAGGGCUCCUGUUUCUUCAGGGACUCGGCGACUACCCUAGGCCCCGACCACGGGUACCUCCGUGACUACGACGGCACCCUCGGGGCUGGAGACUACACGUACGACCUCUCCCAGCGAAAGGUGGUCCAAUACAUCGAGAGCACGCGAGGGGACGACGUCUACUCCGAGGACGACCCCGACGGGCACGGCUCGCACGUAGCUGGCUCCGUGGCUGGAUCCAUCUACUCGGGGUGGACCGGCCCCGCCAACUGCCCGGACGGCGUGGGCGACGCCACGGAGGAGCAGACGGCGAUGUCGUGCGUGGGCGUUUGCCUGGAUCCCGAGGUGCUAGAGGAGUACAUUAGCGACAACACCUUUGAUCUGGACGCCCUCUGCCCCGAGUACGACUGCGACGUGUACUGGGAAGCCGCAUGCCUCUCCGACGACCGAUCGGAGACUCUCGAGGACGCCAAGGGCGUGGCCCCGGGGGCGAAGCUGGCCGUCCUUGACCUAGGAUCGUCGGACAGCCUGGAACAAGCGCUGGGGGGUACUAUGUGGGAGGUCUCCGCCGGCACGGGAGCCAGGAUCCACUCGGCGUCGUGGGGUUUCAUAGACGAGCCCUGCACGGUUGACGACUCUUCCGUUUCUUUCGACCAAUGGGCGUACGAGAACCCGGAGCACUUGCUGGUGUUCGCCGCCGGCAACCUGGGCGACGACAUGACCGGCUGCAGCAUCGCGUCGCCGGCGGUGUCGAAGAACUGCCUCGCCGUGGGGUCGAGCAUGUCGGGCGAGUUACGCCUGUCUCCCGGAGACAUGGACGAGGUGUCGGACUUCAGCAGCAUGGGGCCCACGACGGAUGACAGGAUUAAACCCGAUAUCUUGGCUCCUGGACACUACAUCUUCAGCGCAUCCAACGGGGGCGACGGUUCGUGCCAGCUUGACCGCAACUCGGGCACUAGCAUGAGCUGCCCCAUCGCCGCCGGAGCCGCGGCCCUGGUGCGGCAGUACCUUGUGGACGGCUUCUACGCGGAAGACGUGGGUGCUAGGGGCUCGCUCUGCGCCGCGGGGACCGAUCCGGCCUGGGCCUGCGACGCCUUCAGCCCUUCGGGGGCCCUCGUGAAGGUGAUGGAUUGCUUGAGGGUUUUCUCUCGCAGGAUCUCUGUAACGGACACAACAGCAGUACGAGCUUGAACGUCCACUGUAACACACGACAGACAUGAAGGAGUUGCUUCGUGAUGAGAGGUUUUGUC